AUGAUGGCCGCGUUGGCGGUGGUCAAAGCCGCACACGCGACGAGCGUGGCCUUGGCAGCGCGGGGCGAAGCAGAGCAGGGGGACACUAUGACCGGGUGGGCGGCCAAGCUCCAAGAGUCGUGCCGGGACGGGGGGGGGUCUCCAAUACGUGGAGGCGGCGGUGGGGCGCGGAGAGAGGGCGGGGGGGGGGGAGACGCGGCGGCGGCGGGGGUCGGGUCCGGGGAAGGGGUGCGGGCGGUGGCGGCGCUGCUGCUGGUGUUGUCGAAGGCGUAUCAGCACCUGAUGCAGUUCAGGUGUCCCGAGGCGCUGCAGGAGCUAGGGCGAUUGCCCCCGCAGCAGUACUGCACCGGCUGGGUGUUGCAUCAGGUUGGGCGGGCGUAUUUCGAGAGGGCGGACUACGGGAACGCCAAGUCGGCGCUUGAGAGCAUGCAGCGCUACGAUCCUCACCGCAUGGAGGGGCUUGAUCUGCUGUCGACCACCCUUUGGCACCUCAAGCGAGACGUGGAGCUGUCGUACUUGGCGCAGAAAGUGAGCGAGUUCGAUCGCCGCUCGCCUCAGACGUGGUGCGUGGUUGGGAACUGCUUUUCCCUGCAGAAGGAGCACGAGACGGCGCUCAGGUUUUUCCAGAGGGCUAUCCAGCUGGACGCCGACAUGACCUACGCGUACACUCUGUGCGGGCACGAGUACGUGGCCAACGAGGACUUCGACAAGGCGGUGGCUUGCUUCCGGAUGGCUAUCCGCACCGACAGACGGCACUACAACGCGUGGUAUGGGCUCGGGUCGAUCUACCACCGGCAGGAGAAGUACGACAUGGCGGAGUACCACUUCCGAAGGGCCCUCAAGAUCAACCCACAGUCCAGCGUGCUGCGAGUAUACCUGGGCAUGGUCCUGCACGCCAACAAGCGGUACCUCGAAGCUCUGGACAUGCUCGAGCUCGCCUCCAAGUCGGAGCCGAGAAACCCGCAGGCGUCCUUCCAACGAGCGAACGUGCUCAUGUCGAUGGAGCGGUACGCGGAGGCCCUCCGAGAGCUGGAGGUGGUGAGGGACAACGUCCCGAAGGAGAGCGCUGUCUACUUCCUCAUGGGCAAGGUGUGCAAAAAGCUCGGUCAAACAGACGCGGCGAUGAGGCAUUUCACGAUCGCUCUUGACCUCCACAACAAGGACAAGAACCUCAUCAAGGCUGCCGUCGAUAGGCUCAACGACCCGGAUAUGGACGAAGAGGAAAAGUUCUAG